UUGCCCAGUUUGCAAUUCGUAGUGGAACAGAAAGUAGCAUUUUGGCGGAAUAACCCUUUAAAACUAUAAAUACGUAGUUAGACAGAAAUUUAUAUUUGUUUGGAAUACACCUUUAUUAAGUACUUGGACAGAAAAUAGUAUUUGAGGGUUUUUCUGCGGUCAUCCACUGUGCUAGGUGGCGCUGUCCUAGAAAUGAGGAGCCAGGAUUGAGGUUCUGAAACCAUAGCUGGGUUAAACUAAACUGACUCCAGACCAGCUAACUGUGAGUUAGCUUUAGCCGGGAGCCUUGAAUUUUCUGUUUUGUACAACAAUCACUGUAAACAGACGGAUGGACACGAAAUAUACUGAAAAUAAGAGAUUUUGGAGUUAAAGCUCAGGACUAGCAAACGGGCCAAGAUCACUUGACAGCAUACUGACACGUAUUCUGAGAUCCUGUCAGUUCAUGAGUAGAUGUGUGUGUCUGAAGAUUUCAACCCUAACAUGGGAAUAUCUGCAUGGAGUCCAGCGGCUUGGUUGGUGAUUUUCUGUCUCCAGAGUCGACAGUAACCUCCCUGCUGUCAAGCUCAGGCCACCUGAGGAGCAGCCUCCUGGCUCCUGAACGCAGCCUCACCUUCAGCUACAGAGACAAGAACUAUGACUCAGCCUCUGCAGCACUGGAUGCCUACAUCGCAGACUUUGAGAGCAGUUGUCAGGAAAGCAAGUCAUUGACAGGAAGGCUCGUUCUGCCGCACAGUCCGCCGUCUACGCCGAGUAGACCCAGAGUGAGCACGCUCAGAAACAAGGAUGUUCUCAGGGAGCAUUUGACAGACAGAGAGGUGGACUUCCUGAACCUCCCUGUCAGCUCCCUUCAUCACAGUGACAACAGAGACAGACUCUCCAUGACAACAGACGAGCUGCUGUCUAUCCCGUACGACGGUUCAAUGCCUGUCACCCACACUUCCGCCUUCAUCCAAGGGCUCUUGUCUCAGUCUGGAGCCUCCCAGCCCCUCCCCUCCUCUUCCAGACUAAUUCACAGAGACUGGGGCAGACUCAGCAGCAGCCAUGCUGCCCCUCGACUCAGCCACCACCAGCCCCAUUCAGCCAGGACUAUCAGGACCUCCAGGAACAGAGGAAGACCAGAGGCAGCCAUGUUGAAAGCAGAAGUUGACGUCUCCUCAGUCAGCUGUUAUAGGUCUGCACACAGGGCAGCACGGUCAGAGUGGGCAGGGCCUUCCUCAUCACUCCACCUUCCUCAUUGGUUCACCAGCAACAAGACUGACAUGGACUGUUCUGGAAUCACCAGCGUGCCGGACUUGAAGUAUCCAGCCUGGAUCCAACACUGUGACCUUAGUGAGCCGCUGCCACCGCCCACUGAGUCACAGCUGUGGAGUGACCACGGUGUUCUUCCACCUGCAGCUCGCAAACCCGGAGUGCCAUCCUGGGUGGCAGAGCUGGAGGAUGAUUAUGGCGAACAUACAUCUGCACAAGCUGACAGCCAGCAGACUCUCAGAGAUCUGAGGCUUCAGUUUGCUGAACAGAUUUCUCUGCUUGCUGCUGAAAAGAAAAGCUCUGACAUCGUGGAAACUCUGUUCAGAGAUGACAGGAUUGAGUCUCUGAUCCAGAAGGCAGACCAGGUAUUGAACUCUUUGUCUCAGAGUUCUGGAGGAGCAGACAGUCCUGUAGACCCAGCUGAGACCAGUACUCAACCUAAGACACAAGUCGUGCCGGCUGACUGUGUUGAAGAAGAUAUCGGUCUACUGAACACAGAGGAGCGGUCGCUCUGCAGCUGCUCUGAGCGGCUACACUGUCAUCCCGUCACUCUGGAGUCAGCAGGAGCGGGAGGCACCGCAGACGCUAUGGCUAACAGAGGAACUCGGGCUCUGUUCUGCAGUCUACAUGGGAACAGCAUGUUUAAGCAGCCUGGUCCAGUGGAGGCUCUGAAACAGAUUUUGUUCAGACUGCAGGCAGUGGAGGCAGAGCUUCAGCGGAAACAGCAGGCAUCAGUAGCUCCAACACUCACUGACAGUCUACAGACAGAGGAGACUCCAGUGAAACAGAGGCCUGAAGCUGAAGCAGAGCUGGAAAGUUUUCCUGGCGGAGCGUCCCUACAGAGAGCCCUGCAUCACCUGAGCCGUCUGAAGGAACUGGUGGAAGAACCCAGGGAGAAAAACUGUGAGGAAGAGGAGGAGAAGGAUGACGAUGAAGGACGCUACUCCUCUUCAUCUAUUGACGGACUCAUCUGUACGCAGCAGAAAUCCUCCUGAAACUAAAGGGCUUUAUAUUAAAACAAGGGACAGUGUUCUCACUGUCCUCUUCUUAGUGUUUGA